AGAGACCUAUUUAAUUUAUUAAGAGCACCAACAGGAGCAUUUAAGAAUAUAUGGACGAAGGAAAAUGAUUCUCCACAUUUUUGAAUAACUCAUAAACUGGCACAGAAAGUAGCAUAUACCUGUAAGAAUGAUGGCUGAAUAGCUUUACCAGCAGGCAGACAAGCAACAGGAAAUUUCACCCAAAUUUUUGGUCCACUGCAACGACUCGUUGGAGACAAUGUACCGGUCCACCAAAGGAGCAUCAAAAGCUCGGAGAGAUCAAAUCAACGCGGAGAUUCGCAGCCUGAAGGAUCUCCUGCCUAUCUCGGAUGCUGACAAGGCUCGGCUUUCAUACCUUCACGUUAUGUCACUUGCUUGCAUGUACACGAGAAAGUCCGUCUUUUUCUCACAAGUGGCGGCAGGUCAGGAUGUGAGCCGGAGCGCGCUGUCUUUGCCGGAACUCUCGGAGCUCGUGCACACGUUACCCGGCUUUCUGCUCGUGCUGACAAGUGAAGGAAAACUUUUGUAUCUGUCCGACAAUGUCUCAGAGCACCUUGGCCAUUCAAUGGUGGAUCUCGUCGCUCAGAGUGACAGCGUUUACGACGUUAUAGACCCAUCUGACCACUUCAUAGUGAGGGGCAACCUUGUGCCUAUAACCACACCUGACACAGACCGCCUCUUUCGCUGCCGUUUCAGCACUUCAAAGUUUGUAAGGAGGCAAGGAUCUGGAAACAAACUGAUGCUUGUCAGGGCGCGCUGUCUGCCUCCUCCCUACCACGCUUCCACCUACUGGACCUCCAAUCCUGUGUGGGUGUGCUUUUGCUCUCCGCUAGAGUCCCAUAGCCCAAAUGUUUCUUCAGCCAGGAAUCCUCUCCCCACCCCACCUGCUGAGCAAUCCUUCCUGCUAUCCUGUUUCCAGUCUCGGCACAGCCGGGAUAUGAGAAUUCAUACGGCACAAGAAAGUAUAAGCAUAUAUCUCGGUUAUGACAUAGAGACUCUGCGCUCUCGCUCUUGGUACAGUCUGAUUCAUCCUCGUGAUCUCUCUCAUGCCUCUGCACAGCACUGCGCCCUGCUGCAUGAAGGUGGGGAGAGACAGGUGGAGAUGGUGGUCCAGGUGGAAGCAGCUGACCACUCAUGGGUCUGGCUUUAUAUGGUUCUUCACCUGGAAACUGGAGAAUAUCCCAUCAACAGCCAUAAUUAUGUCAUAAGUGAGUCCGAAGCCUGGUCGGUGCGUCAGCAGAUGUACUCAGAGCAGAACCAGCUUGCUCUCCUGUACCAGGAGGAACGUCGAUGCUCUGAUCCUCUGUCCAGCCCGGACCAAGUCUUCACACCCAGCAGCAGUGGCCUAUCAUCGCAAUCUUUUGACUUUAGCUUUACAACUUCUGGGCGGAGCUCCUCUGAGGAGUUCCCAAGUACAUCUGGAACAUCCAGCAUGGCACAUGGCCCUGACCCCCUUCAGGCAUUUUCUCAGGAAGAAGGAAGCCAUCUUCAACAGCAUGGCAGUCACCAGAUGUGGCUUGCAGACACCUCAGAGCAGUCGUCAGCUCCUACUGAACAUCUGUCCAACAUGACCCAACAAACCCAAGCCGCUCCUCCAUUCAAAGCUCCUAAACGGCAAAGCUCAGAAGAGUUUAUCUGUACACCCCCCUACACCCCUAGAAUAGGUGGGGGAAGUUUUAUUUUUGGUGAUGAGGCCUUUAAAUCAGACUAUAGCGUUGUAAGUAAAAGAAGGCAGUCUGUGACCUCUGCGAAUUUCCAAGUGUCCCUAUCUGCAGGCACCGGGCAAACGAUGCCAACUCAACAUUGUCGCAAACGUCUUUAUGAGACGCUACCACUCACUCCAGACAGCCCAGGGGGUGAUGAUUGCCUUCUCAUGGCAUUGCCAGAGAUCAGGGGACCUCUAUAUGUAGACGUCCCUCGUUUUCCCUACCACGCUCCCCCUGAAGGCCUUUUAACCCCCGAGGCUUCGCCCACAAAAAAGCCCUGUUUGGAUUUCUUCUCUCAAGAAGAAAACAGUGAAAUCGAAAGAAUGGAGAUCUCUCUCCUAGCUCAGUAUAUUAGCACUUUAGCUGAAGGUUUCUGUCACAACCACCCACAAGCCAAAUGUAACCCUUUAUCAGCUCCCCCGCAUCACGCCUCUUCCCACAAUCCCGCUGCACCCUUUGAGGGGCCAAACUCCUCCUUGGCUCACAUUGAUGUCACUACGUUUGAGGAGAAAACAGUAGAUGGUAUCCCUCUUUCAAAUCUGUCAUCCACCUCCCCUGUACCUCCCUCAUCUACGCUCAUCUACGCUCAGUGCUCCCCUCCUGCCCCCAUGAGCCACAGCUCUCCUGUUCACACCACUCUGAAUGGUGUACACCACCUCUGUAGCGUCCAGUCGACGCACUGUAAUUGCAUGGACGGGGGUGAGCAGCUGGAAGCGGAGAGUCCUGAUGAAGAAAAGGCGUUUAGUGUGAUGGACGUGGAGAUGAUGUCCAACACUAUUCAAGGGUCCGCACCAGCUCCUGCUCUCACCCCUGCCCUGCCUUGUGAACAGUCCCUCCUAGAGGAACUGGUCAACAUGGAACCUGUGUUUGGGGCAACUGCUCCAAUGACUCCUGCCAAGAGGCAACAAGAUGAGUUGUAUCAACUCCCUCAUCAAGACGGUCAACAGAUCUUCUACCAAGAUGGAACAAGUGAUCACAUGUUUUAACAUAAGUCUGUGACUUAAUUGAAGUAUGGCAUAUUGUCAUCUUUUACAAAACGUCUUUUUCUUAAAUAACGUAGUAGAAUGAAAUCAAAGUGUAUAAAGAAACAUAUAUAUGUUUAAAAUUCAAUAUCAUGAACGUGCGUUCUAUUCAUAUUGGACUGUCACUUUGGAGACAAAUACUAUAAAGUAUAGGUUGUUAAGGCAAUUUUGCAAAGUGCCACUUUGUAUUCACUUAUAGUGAAGAUUGUGUUUUACAGAAAAUGUGGCUGUAAGACCCAGCUAAAGUAUUUUUGUGAUUUACUGUUUUCUACAUAAUGCAAAGCACAUUCUGUGAAAUUGAUAUUUUUAAUAUUGACAGAGUAAGGUCAUGUCAAAGAAUUAAAUGAAAGUAAAAUCAAUGAUUGAAAUCUAGCUUUGAUGCUUUGAAUUAGAUGAGACUUUAGCCCUGAUUUUACAGGAAGGGUCACGAAUAUAUAUAUAU